AUGCGGAACUCUACCUAUCUCAUGUUAGAAACCAUAGAAAAAUUUGAGAAAGUGUUCAUACAAAUGGACUUUGAGGAUGAUAAUUAUUCUUCAUACUUUAUGAACAAUGAGAAUAGUGGUGAUAUGGGAUCUCCUAGUGGUAUUGAUUUCCAAAAUUGUAGGACAUUUGUGGGUUUUUUGAAACUUUUUUACAAUGCAACGAAAAAGUUUUCAGGUUCUUUGUAUGUUACUACAAACACCUUUUUUGAUGAGAUGUUUUUCAUUCAAGAGAAUAUUGCCCAUUUAAGUAAAUCUCAAAACCACCUCUUGAAAAACAUGGCAACUAAAAUGGAAUCUAAGUUUGAUAAGUAUUGGGGGAAAGUGGAUAAAAUGGCUGAUGAGAUGAUUGAAUUGGUGAGGGGUAACUUGGUCAAGUUGUAUGAUUAUUACUCUUGUGUUGAUUCUCCAAAUGUACAAGCACUAAGUGGGAGUGAGAGGACACACAUAGAAGGUGAGUCAAUUGGUUGUAGUGAUCCAUAUGUGAUGGGGGAUGUGAAAUUUGAGAUAUUGGGGUGGUGGAAGACCAAUUCAAAUAGGUAUCAAGUGCUGUUCAAAUUAGCUAGGGAUGUACUGGCUGUACCUAUUUCUACUGUUGCUUCUGAGUCGACAUUUAAUUCUAAAGGACGCAUACUUGAUCCAUUUCGGAGUUCACUCUUUCCACUCAUGGUUCAAAAUCUUGUUUGUGCACAAGAUUGGCUUCAAGCCUUGGUUCCAAUUUCUUUUCACAAAUCAAAAGAUGAGUUAGAGGCCUUGGAAGAUGAAUUUCAUGAUUUUGUUAUAAGUCAAGCAGCAGCAAGUGGUGGAAGUUCAAGCUCAAACAAAGGUAUCUCAAUUAGUGUUGAUGACUAA